AGAAAAAAAACCACAAUGAUUCAUUCUCCAUUACCCUAAAUUGUAGGUCUGAACGUGCAAGCAAAGCCAUGGAUGUACAAAAAAUCAACUGCCCUUUAUUCAAACUCCUCUCAACUUCCAUUUACACCACUAUAAAUUUCUCCCCAAAUUAAUUAAACCUUCACUUACAUUCUUUAAUGCACUUCACUACAACCAGAAUCAAUGGCUUCCAAUUCCUUCUUCACUCUACUCCUUCUCACCACCUCCCUCUCCGCUGUCGCUUCUUUUGAAUUCCAAGUCGGUGGCCUCAAAGGCUGGGUAGUUCCUCCGGCUAACGACAGUAAAAUCUACAACGAUUGGGCCUCAGAAAACAGAUUCAAAGCCGGUGACACCGUCCGUUUCCGGUACAAGAAGGAUUCGGUGAUGGAAGUGACGAACGAAGAGUACAAAAGAUGUAACUCCACACAGCCGAGCUUCUUCUCCAACACUGGAAACACCGUCUUCCAAUUCAACCGAUCAGGAACUUUUUACUUCAUCAGCGGCGCUAGUGGACACUGUGAGAAAGGGCAGAGGAUGAUCGUGAAGGUGAUGGCGGAUGAUGAAUCUUCCGAUUCUGAGAAAUCGUCUGCUGUGAGGACUCCAAUUUCUUGGCUGGGGAUUAUGAAAUUCGUCUCUGCUUCGUUGGCUCUGUACAUUGUGUUUUAGGAUUUCCUUGUUCAUCGUUUUCAUGAUUUCGUUGUGCUUAUUUUGUUUUAUAGACCGUUGUUGAAAAUUUAAA